UUGAGGAUACAGACUAACACGACUGCUGCCCUGAAACCUAAGAUCAGUUAGAGAUCUUGGAGUCUGGAGUGCUGCCAAAGUUCUGGCCUGGGACUUAGUGAUCUCUGAAACGCACGACUGUUCAUUGUUGUUGUUCUGGGUACUCUUACGUACUUUAGCUGCGAUAAGUAACACACCGUUUAACGAAUAUUUAGAGGAAGAGGGAAUUAACUCCUGUCACAUGACUUUAUGGCACAAGAAGAUGUAACAGGAGAAGUCAAUAGGCAAUGAUGUCAGGUGAACUUUGGUGAAAUGACAUGGAUAGAAUGUACUCUGUGGAAAAGCAAAAGAAGCAUCUAACUAACUCUCUGCACUAGUCUUAACCCUUACUGCAUCAAGACUGAAUGUAGUCCUCCAGAGUAUAGAGGACUGCUUUAUAGAGAAAAGUGCAACCUUAGGGUAUGUCUACAUUUAAAACCCUACAGGGGUGCAGCUGUGCCACUGUAGUGCUUCAGUGUAGAAAUUACCUGUGCCAACAGGAGGUGUUCUCCCGUUGGUGUAGGUAAUCCACCUCCCAGAGAGGCUGUAGUUAGGUUGAUGGAAGAAUUCUUCCCUUGGCUUAGUGCUAGUUAGUAUAGCUAUCUCUCAGGGGUGUGGAUUUUUCACAUCUCUGAGAGACAUAGCUGCACCCAUGUAAGUUUCCAGUUUAGACCAGGCCUCAUAAACAUGUCUCUAGUCUUUCUCCCUUUCCCUCAGUAGAUUGGUAUGCUUCUCCACUGCUCGUUCUUGCUGCUCUUAAACAUGAUCCCAUGGCAUAAAACAGUUAUUUAUGACUGGAAGGAAUCAGACUUUAAGUGAUGAUUUUUUUUCUUGACGAACAGAUUGUGAUUGAUAAUCUCCAAGACAAUAAGAUUCCAAACAAUUCCAUUAGACACAUCCUUAUUUGAUCCUAUACUUUGAAAGUCAAAAAGAGUUUUGUAUGAUGGCAUUUAUGUGAAUUCUGGUUUUUCUUGUAUCUGAUCAGAGCGCUGUGGUUUUUUCAGAACUAGCAUUCUGUCACCUUGUUAUCAGGUUAGUUGACUAUACACUCUUCUCUUUCCUUAAUGUUUCCUUGUGAUUGUUCUAACAAAGUUGGUUCCUGCAGUUUCUGUAUAGCAAUGAAGCGUUCCGCCCACUGUUGGCAUGCAAUCUAACCUAGCCGGUAUUAGUUAGCCAUGUGAUGCAGAGUAAACUCUGGGUAAGCCUAUUGCCUUGGUCAAUAUUUGCUCUAGCUCUGGGAGGGAAGAUUUUAACAGCUCCACUGACGCAAAAGAUCCUAACUCUCUCUGACUUCUUUACAAAGCUGAUGUGUGCAUUUUGUGUCCCUCUGCCACAGAUGUUGCCAGCAGCUGGAGCUGAAGAUGAAGGACAGACUGGAGGAAUUGAGGAUCCGAGUUAAUGAAGAUGAGGACUCUUUGGAUAUUGAUGAUACUCUCUCAUUUGAUAACCCUGUUUUCAAGGAGGAUGAGACCAAUCCCAUGAGCAAGAUAUUCCAGGAAGUGUCAGACAUCUCGCUGGGCCUGAGUAAACUGGAGGAGUUAUCAGAGAGCAUCCACAAGACGCAGCAGCGGGUGCUGUGCUGCACCACCGAGGAGAGCGUUUAUGAAGAAAAGAAAGAGCUAAGUAACAUUAAAGCCUCCUUCACUAGUCAGGCUAAAGUCAUCCAGCCUCAGCUCUAUGGGAUUCAAGACACACUGGCCCGAGACAGCAAACAGUGGCUGGCAGGAUACCGCAUCCACCAGAGCCAGCUCUCCGUCCUAAUCAGCCGGUACCGAGACAUUAUCACUCACCAUUAUGCCAAGGAGAUGGAGUACGUUGAGAAGUUGAAGGAGCAGAUCAUAAGGCAAACCGAGCUGGCGGGCUUAAGCCUAUGUGAAGAGGACAUUAAUCAGCUAGUGGAAAGCCCUGUGGCUCCUCGGAUUGUGGGCCAGGACCUGGAAGUGCUCAAAGCCAAGCAGCACUUGGCCAUGGCUCAAGUACGCCACCAACAGCUGCUGGACCUAGAGGCCCAGAUCAGUGAGCUGCAUUCGCUCUUCCUGCACUUGGAGGUGCUGGUUUCAGAGCAGCACGAAGUCAUCAACAACAUUGAGUACAACGUCCUGCAUACACUUGAUUACGUGUCCCAGUCCAACGAGGAGGUGAAGAAAGCCCUGAAGUACGAGCGCCAGUCGCGGAUCUCGGCAGCACUGUCAGCGGUGCUGGGCCUCUGUGCCUGUUGUACGUGCUUAUCAUGUGUAGCUGGCACGGUGUAGUGAGACGGACACAGACUCUGCAAGGGAAGGGGGUGGUUACCUUACAUGGAACCUUACAGGGGGUGGCUACCUUACAUGGAACAGCUGGGCUCUUUGAGGGCAGUGAGCAUGGAUUAGCCCCGCAGACUCAUUGGAAGAGAGUCUCCCAUGAUUUGGAUGGAUUUGAAGGCAGGUUUUAUUGUGUCUUUCAUAUGAAGAAGGAUUUUACUGAGUAUUUCGAUAGGACUCUAGCAAUCAAGCUCAUGUUUCCACUAUUCUUUGAUGAUGGCAUGUUCUAUCUUCAACAGUGUCCUUAAGACAUUUAAUAUAUGUUAAUAAGAAAGGCAUAUUUGAGUUUCUGAUCAAAUAUAACCUUUUUUAAAAAAGAAAAUACAACUUUGCAUAAAAAAGCCCCUGCUAAAACUUGCAUUGUAUCAUCGGUCAUUAUAAAGCACACAAAGAAACACAACAGCUCAGUUUCCCAGGUUGAUUAUAAUGCUCCUCCACCCAGGUUUAAAACCGUAAUCUCUGCACUUUGUCAAGUUUUUAUUACUUGGAUUUUUAAUAUGGGGUUGACUCAGUGUUUGUCGUGUUUUGUUGUAAAACAAGCAAGUGUUUAGGAUUGCAAAAUGCUUCCAGUCCUGGUGCCAUCGCUCUCCCAGUGGCUGGAAAUACCUGCAGUAUGAAUGAAGUGUAUUGAUGUUUACGUAAGUAGUUUUUGUUUCAAACUCCUGUUACAGGGCUGUGCUUUCCUUCACACUGUAUAUGUGGAUUUGAAAUGAGGGGAAAGGAUUAAAUGCAACAGUGGUUUUUAAUCCUUUGCAAUUCCGUUUUAUAGUUUUCUGGUGGAGCUGCCAUCAGGCACAAUUUCAGACUUGUUCUUUCAUUUGAUUCACUUUCUGGUUCCAUGAUACUUUCAAGAUUAAUAGAAACAAAACCAGCUCUUAUUAUGUUAUCAGUAAUUUUACAGUUGUCCAUUUAGUGCUCACUGACCAUGCAGGCUAACAAUAUUACAGCUCAAAAUUCAAGUUUCAUGUACCUAUUGAUUCAGAGUAGUGCAAAAGUAAUGCAUGUGAGCACGUAGGCAAAAACUCUCAGGGCUGUUUUCCCAAGGAUCUAAUCUGAUCUAAUCUAAUCUAGUCAUCUUCAUAAGAAUGCAGUCUAAUGUUGUUAGAGAGAGACAAGGGGUAUGUCACCACUACCGAUAUUAAAGAGUUGCUGCGGGUGUAGUCGCAGCACCGGCGCUGGGAGAGAGCUUUCCCAGUGCUGUAAAAAAACCAUCCCCACGAGGGGAGUAGCAACCAGUGCUGGGAACUCUACACUGCCACUUUAGAGUGCUGAAACUUGCAUCACUCAGGGGGGUGUUUUUUCAUACCCCUGAGUGAGAAAGUUUCAACACUCUAAAGUGGCAGUGUAGACAAGGCCAAGGUGAGUGAGGUAAUAUCUUUUAUUGGACCAACUUCUGUGGGUGAGAGAGACAAGCUUUUGAGCUUCCACAGAGCUCUUUUUCAGGUCUGGGAAAGGUACUCUAAGGGCUGGUCUACAAUGGGGGGGGGGGAUCGAUCUAAGAUACACAACUUCAGCUACGAGAAUAGCGUAGCUGAAGUCGACGUAUCUUAGAUCGACUUACCUCGCAUCCUCACGGCGCAGAAUCGAUGGCUGCAGCUCCCCCGUCGACUCCGCUUCCACCUCUCGCCCUGGUGGAGUUCCGGAGUCAACGGGGAGCGCAUUCAGGGAUCGAUUUAUCGCGUCUAGAUGAGACGCAAUAAAUUGAUCCCCGAUAGAUCGAUUACUACCCGCCGAACUGGCAGGUAGUGAAGAUGUACCCAAAGUGUCAUAGCUAAAAAGAAGGUGGAACAGAUUGUUUAUAAGUAGUUGUUUUUUUCCUGCCUUCCCAUUCCCCAUCCCCACCCCCCAUGACUAGAGUGGUAUUAACGGGCCACUUCACCUUGAAUGGUCCCUUGAAAUAUGUGUUAAUUACUUAUGCUAAACAAGCUGUUCCACCUUCUAUGUAGCUGUGACACUCUUUCCAAGACCUGAAGAAGAGCUCUUUGUGAGCUCAAAAACUUCUCUCUUACCAACAGGUGAGAUAGAUAGAUAGAUAUUGCCUCACCCACCAUGACUCUCUCGUCUCCUGGGAUCCAACAUGGUCACAACAACACUGCAUACAGACUGUUAUAACAUUCUGAGGGAGUUUAUAUGCAAAAAAUCAAUUUUCAAAGGAAUAUCUGAAUUAUGUGGUGAUCUCUGAAUUGAAAAUACAUGUUGUCAGAAGCCACAUAAGCAAAGCUGAUGUGAACAACACAUGGAUUUGAAACUCUAACAAUAGUUUUCCAUAAACACUGUACAUGUAAACAAUAUAAUGGGGAUUUUUGAUGGACUGUCUAAAUAAUAACAUUUCAGUAAAAUAGGGGCCAGGUUAAGAUUCUCAGGAAUUUUUGGCGGAACGUCCAUUUAUGUAUUGGGCAUUUUCUUGUGCUGUGUCUAGACUAACUCUCCCAUCUUUGAGAUGAUAUUCUCUUGUAUUAGCCCUAAUAAAAACAUUG